UUUUUUUUCCUCUAACGCGGAUGAUGAAGUCGAUUCGAUCUGAGAGGAUGGAUUGCAGGGCGCCGGUGACGAUCACGAUCAUAAUAGAACCCACAUCGACGUGAAACGCGUUUCCAACAUGUCUUUGCUUUAAAAAAAAAUGGCAAAAGGUGUGUCAUUGCAAACGGCAAAGAAAAUUGAUAGGUGUAUGCUAGUGCCACCAAAGCGAGCGCUGUGCUACUACAGGACGUGUGUCAUGGUGGUACGAGGAAUUCAUCCCCCGCAUGAAAUUAUUGUCGUGAAUUCUUGGACCGGUGCCAUUUACAUGCGCAGAGAUACAAAGGGAGUCGUGCAAAUCACAAGGGGCCUAGCACUGCUAGUACUGUACUAUGUGUGGCCCCAGCACGCGAGAGAGCGAACACACGAGAGAGUAAGAGCACUCUUCCGAUGGUGCUGUCCGUGUGGAAUACACGUACGCCUCGAGAUGAAGCCGAGAGGGAGAGAAACGAACAGCGGAUCCAUUCCAUCUCAUCUUUAUCGUUCAUUUUACGGCUCCGUCAAUGUUUCCUUGUUCAGUAGAGUACUGCUUGCGAGCGGCGCUAUGCAGGAAUGGAAAUAAAAUAAGGACGAAAGAUGGGAAAGAAAAAGGUGCAUAGAAUGUCCUGGUGUUAUAUUCUUUCGCUUUUCAAGUUUCCCAAGUACAAGCAAGCCAAAGGGGUUUCCGUUCUUUCAUUUGUUCAUUCGUAGCAACCCAUCCUCGUUUUUAAUUUGCUCCUUGCUCAUGCUCUCCCUCCCUUUUCUUCGUGUAAAGCAAGC